AUGGUGGCCCUGACGUUGGAUUCCCAACUCUUGCGAAAGAGCAACUCGGCGUUCCAUGCACGACGCAUCCAGUUUAAAGAAUCCACUCGCCUCGACCUUAAACAGGAACGUCUUAAAAAGAAGUAUAGACCCAUCAAUGCUCCCUCAGAUGGUCCCGCUGGGUCUGCGUCCUUAGUAGCCCCGGUCCCUUAUUCCGGCAUCUCCAACUCAUCCUCCACAGUAACUGAGGAUCCCAAUGGCUUCAGACUACCUGCGAAGGUCCUUUACAGCAAAGAAAGGGUUCAGCUGGUCUGGCCACAGCCUCGCGCGAUCGGACCCGGGCUGGUCAACCUCGGCAAUACCUGCUUCCUGAACUCGGUGCUGCAGUGCUUGACUUAUACUGCACCCUUGGCCAACUAUCUGCUUUCAAACCAGCACAACAGCUCCUGCAAGACAACGAACUUCUGCAUGAUGUGCCUGUUGGAAAAACAUGUCGGUCGUUGCUUUUCACAUAAGAUGAGCGAGGCAAUUGCUCCAAAAGUCAUUGUCGGAAGACUCAGGAAUAUAGGCAAGCAGUUCAGGAUUGGGCGUCAGGAGGACUCACACGAAUUCGCUAGAUACCUUGUCGAUGCCCUCCAAAAGAGCUGCUUAGUCGGAUACGACAGCAAAAUGGACGACCGGAUCAAAGAAACAACUGUUGUUCAUCAAAUCUUUGGAGGCUACUUUCAGAGCCAGGUCAAGUGCAUGAAGUGCGGCUACGAAUCCAACACCUUUGAGACAUAUUUAGAUGUUAGUUUGGACAUUAAGACCGCAGAUAGUGUGCAGAAGGCUUUCCGUGACUAUACCAGGCCAGAAAUCCUCACCAAGAGUAACCAGUAUAAGUGCGACAAGUGCAAGGUUCUGGUAGAUGCUCGGAAGCAAAUGACUAUCUAUGAAGCCCCCAAGGUUUUGUCCGUGCAUUUGAAGAGAUUCACAUUCACGGGCCAAAAGAUCGGGAGACAUGUCAGGUUCGACACGGAGCUGGAGCUGAACUCGGUCAUGAGCACGAACAAGAAGCACCCGCAACUCCUAUAUAGUCUAUACGCCGUCCUUGUCCACGCUGGAGGGUCAUGUCAUAGUGGGCACUACUACUGUUACGUUAAGAGCUCCAACGGCAUCUGGUAUUCCAUGAACGACUCACAUGUAAGUGCAGCUUUCUGUUUGUACCCUGUGGUGUCUUUAUAG